AUGCCAUUUUCAUUAAACAGUGAGGGACGCUCUUUAAGCAGUUUAUUUAACUCCAAUGAACCUAACAAUUCAGACAAUUUAAUUAUCGAACAACAAAAUUUACUAUGUGUAUUCAAAUUGGCUGUAAAAGAUCUAUUAAAUUUAAGUUUAAAACAUGAACGUCUUAUGGAAAAGGAAUAUUUUCCAUUGAAACAUUUUUUUAUUGUAUUCGAACAUAUUCUUUUACAUGGUUACACCGGUAAAAAAUCUUUUGCAAUAAGUUCAUCGUCGAACCGUAAAGAUCUUUGGCCAAUCAUUGAUCUUAUUUCACGUAAAUCAACGGAUACACAUUUAUCAGAAAUAUCUACAUCAUCAAAAGAAAUGACUAAUGUUCGUACACCAUUAGGACGUGUGCGUGCAUGGUUACGUCUUGCAUUAAUGCAAAAACAUUUAGCUGAUUAUUUUAAAAUUCUUGUUGAACAAAAAGAAGAACUAAAAGAAUUGUACGAAAAAGACGCGUUAUUAUUAUCCGAUCAAAGUAUCAUUAUACCUGGUUUACUUGUUGGUCUUAAUGUGUUGGAUUUUAAUUUAUGUCUACGAGAAGCAACACUUGAUCAUCCUAUAGAAACACCUAUACAUUACAGUUUAUAUUUGCGUGAACGACGUUUAUCAUCAAUUUCAUCGAGCAAUUCACAUCCACCCGGUGCAAUAAAAGAUCCUAUUGAUGAAUUAGACGAUUUCUCAAUGGCAUCAGCAAUACGUACGAGAAGAACAAGUGUAAAAGAUAAUGAUACAGCUAUUGACACCGAUACCGCUAGUACAGAAUCAUCAGAUGAGACAAAAUCCGAUACUGCAUCUGAUAAACGUCUUUCAUCUAUUCUUGAUCAAAAAAGUUACAUCGAAGAAAUUAAUCGAAGUUUACAGAAAACGCUUGUAAGUUUACAAAAUAAAUUGCAAACACUCGAACAAACAAAUAAAACGUUGGUAGAAAGUGAUGCACAACAAAAAGCGCGUAUCGAACAAUUAGAAGAAGAAUCAACAAAAUUAACAUCAGAAAAAGAACACAUACAAUCAUCUCAUCAACGAAAAAUUGACGCUUUAACGGCCGACAUUGCAGUUGAACGAGAAACUUAUAAUAAAUCUCGAACAGGAUUCGAUUCAAUGUACCAUGAACUGCAAAAGAAAUACGAAGACGAAUGUACAUCGAAACAAAAAAUUGAAAGUGUUUAUCAAGCUCAAUUAUCACAAAGCAACGAAUUUAUUGAAUCAACGAAAGAAUUAGAAAAAGACAUUGAAGUAAAAAAAGUAUUGUAUGAUCGUAUGAAGGAAGAAAAUGAAAGUCUUACUGAAAAAUUACAAAUUGAAACAACUCGAAAUAAUGAACAAGAACAUCAAAUACAAUUAAAAGACAAAGAAAAUCAAAUGCUCCGACAAACUAUCAACGAAUUAGAAACAAAUAUCGAACAAACCAAUCAACAAAUUCACGGUCUUGUUAGUACCAAUGAAUCAUUAAAUCGAGCAUUGGCUAAAUCAGAUAAUGACAAAACAUCAUUAGAAACUGAUUUAAAUGUUGAAAAAGAGUUCCAGCAGCGUCUUCAAAAGGCACUACAAAAUGAAAAAGACAAAGUGUUAACACUUCAAAUCGAUAUUCAUGAAUUAAAUUCAAUGAAACAAGAAUAUGAUGCAUAUAAAAAAGAAAUGACUAAAAAACAAAAUGAUUUUGAAAAGAAAUUUAACGACCAAGACGAAACUAUCGAAGAAUUAGCCUUAAAAUUAGAAGUAUAUAUUAAACGUGAACAUGAAUCUCGUGAAAAAGAUGGUAUACGAGCAUCAGGUUGGAUGAAAGAUGAAGAUGUUAAAGAGUGUUGUCAAUGUAAAAAAGAGUUCGGUGCACUUCGACGAAAACAUCAUUGUCGACAAUGUGGUCUAAUAUUUUGUGAAGCUUGUGUUAGUACAAAAUUAACAUUGUCGGGUACCAAUAAGCCCGUACGUGUUUGCGAUGCAUGUUGUAAAAAUGUACUUGCGCAAUGUGCAGUUAAUGGACCAUGA